CCAUCUUCAAUCGACAGUCUGCGCUACCCUUUCCUUCUAACGCACAUACAUACAGAUCUGCUGCGCGAACAUCAGGCCGGCAUAGCUGCUCUCGUCCACACACAAGUCGAACCGCAAUGGCCGACGACGAGGAGACGCAGAUCCGGGAGCUUCAGGCGGCACGCCAAGCAGCAGCUGCCACUUCAAAGGACAAAGCAGCUUUUGGCAAAGCGACAGCUGGAGAUCCGGAUGUCUAUGGAGGCCGCAAGAAGUCGGAUUACGUGAACGAGAUAGAUGUUGGGGGAAAUGCGCAUGAUACUAGCGAUGAUGAUGAGGAUGACACGUCAGGCGCAGGAAGAAGAAAGAACCCGCUGGACGCUUUUACUGCGCCUCAACACCUUCUACACGAAUACGCCAACGAUGAUGAGGACCCCAUUCAGGAUGCUGCCAAGCAGCGGCAGAUCGCGAGCAGGCAGAGCGACUACCAGCUACGCAGGUUCAACCGCGAUCUAGAAUCGGAGAAGGGCAGCGACGCCCUUGCAGGAGAGGGCGAAGGCGGCUACAAAGAAGCAAUGAGGAGGGCCGAAAUUGAGAGGGAGGAAGAAAGAGUGCGAAAAAUCAUAGCAGAUAAGGAGAGAGAGAAGCAGGAGCUCAAUGGACGAGGCGGUCAAGCGCUUGAUGGUGAUAAGACGCCUCCUGCUCAAGCGCCAGACGCCACACCUCGUGUGGGCCGCAAGCGACGGUGGGAUGCUGCGCCCAGCGACGUGUCCACCGCACGCGAGCCCACAGACAGCGGAUACAGCGAGGGAGAGGGGCCAACCGAUGCAACACCCCGCAAGCGAAGAUCUCGAUGGGAUCAGACACCAGUGGCGGGCGAUGCUGCUGGCCCCGGAGAGACACCCAAGCGCUCGAGGUGGGAUCAGACACCAGUCGGCACGACCAACGGUGGGGCAGGAUCCGUCGUCAUGCAGACGCCAGUGGCUGGCGGCUUGCUGGAUGGAUCGUUUGCAGUUGAUCCCAGGAACAGGUAUCUCACGGAUGAAGAUCUGGAUCAAUUGCUGCCCAGCGAAGGUUACACAAUCGUUGCGCCACCAGCCGACUACGCUCCCAUUCGCACACCAGCCCGCAAGCUCAUGGCCACACCUGCACCAGGCGACGGAGGUGGUUUCAUGAUGAUGGACGAAGCUCAGUCGCGCGCGCUCGCCGAGGAAAUGGCUCCGGAAUUGCCAACGGAUAUCCCUGGCGUUGGUCAACUCGCUUUCUUCAAGGCAGAGGAUCAGACUUACUUCAAGAAGAUUCUGUCUGGUGGUGAUGAUGAACCGAGCUUGAGCAUGGAGGAGCUGAAAGAAAGGCGUAUCAUGCGCCUCUUACUUAAGAUCAAGAACGGAACGCCGGCUAUGCGUAAGACAGCGCUGAGGCAAAUCACGGACAAGGCGCGAGAAUUUGGCGCGGGACCGCUCUUCGACAAGAUCUUGCCUUUGCUGAUGGAGCGCACGCUCGAGGAUCAAGAGCGUCACCUUCUCGUCAAGGUCAUCGACCGCGUGCUGUACAAGCUCGACGAUCUCGUCAGACCAUACGUCCACCGGAUUCUGGUCGUGAUCGAGCCUCUUCUCAUUGACGAAGACUACUACGCGCGCGUGGAAGGCCGAGAGAUCAUCUCCAAUCUGUCGAAAGCGGCCGGUCUUGCUCACAUGAUUUCGACGAUGCGACCUGACUUGGAUCACGUAGAUGAGUACGUGCGCAACACGACAGCUCGAGCCUUCAGCGUCGUGGCUUCCGCAUUGGGCAUUCCGGCUUUGCUGCCAUUUCUCAAAGCCGUUUGUCGCAGUAAAAAGAGUUGGCAAGCGCGUCACACCGGUAUCCGGAUCAUUCAACAGAUUGCCAUCAUGAUGGGCUGUGCUGUUUUGCCGCACCUCAAAAAUCUCGUCGACUGCGUCGAGAAGGGUCUAGAGGAUGAUCAGCAAAAAGUCAAGACCAUGACGGCGCUGGCUCUUGCUGCGCUUGCGGAAGCUGCUGCGCCGUACGGUAUCGAGAGCUUUGAGAAUGUACUCAAGCCGCUUUGGACCGGUAUUCGUCAGCACCGUGGAAAAGGCCUGGCGGCUUUUCUGAAAGCUAUCGGCUUCAUCAUCCCACUUAUGGACUCUGACACGACCCUCUACUUCGUCAAGGAAGUUACGCCAACCCUCAUCCGAGAGUUUCAGAGCGCUGACGAAGAGAUGAAAAAGAUUGUGCUCAAGGUGGUCAAGCAGUGCGCUGCGACGGACGGCGUAACGGGCGCUUUCCUGCGUGAUGAUCUGCUGCCCGACUUCUUCAAGUCGUUCUGGGUUCGCCGUAUGGCGCUCGACAGACGCAAUUAUCGUCAAGUUGUAGAGACCACCGUCGAGCUUGCGAACAAAGUUGGAGUCUCUGACGUCGUUGGCCGCAUCGUGGACGGACUCAAGGACGAAAGCGAGCCAUUCCGCAAGAUGUGCAUGGAGACCAUUCAGCACGUCAUUGGCAAUCUUGGCGCUGCAGACAUCGACGAACAACUGGAGACGCGACUGGUAGAUGGGCUGAUCUAUGCCUUCCAGGAGCAGACCAACGAGGACAAGGUCAUGCUCGAUGGCUUCGGAGUGGUCGUCAAUGCUCUCGGUCUACGGGUGCGACCUUACUUGACUCAGAUCGUCUCGACGGUCUUGUGGCGUCUCACCAACAAGAACGCCAAGACGCGCCAGCAAGCUGCAGAUCUUACCACAAAGCUAGCCAUUGUAGUGAAGCAAUGCGGCGAAGACGCACUGCUGUCCAAGCUGGGAGUCGUGCUCUUCGAGCAUCUGGGUGAAGAGUUUCCCGAGACUUUGGCCAGCAUCAUCGAGGCUGAGGCUGCCAUUGCCAACGUCGUCGGCAUGACCCAGAUGAGCCCGCCCAUCAAGGACCUCCUACCGCGCAUGACUCCCAUCCUGCGCAACAGACACGAGAAGGUGCAAGAAGCCAGCAUCAACUUGAUCGGUCGUAUCGCAGACAGAGGCGCUGAAUUUGUUAGCGCUAGAGAGUGGAUGCGUAUCUGCUUUGAGCUGCUGGAUCUUCUCAAGGCACACAAAAAAGCGAUUCGUCGAGCAGCCGUCAACAGCUUUGGCUACAUCGCCAAGGCCAUUGGCCCUCAAGAUGUCCUGCAAGUGCUUUUGACCAACCUGCGAGUGCAAGAACGUCAAAGCAGAGUGUGCAGCACAGUCGCCAUUGCGAUUGUUGCCGAAACGUGUGGACCCUUCACGACCAUCCCCGCCAUUCUGAACGAGUAUCGCACUCCCGAUCUAAACGUCCGCAAUGGCUGUCUGAAAGCGCUCAGCUUCGUCUUUGAGUACAUCGGAGAGAUGGCAAAGGAUUACGUCUACUCUGUGGUCGGGUGUUUGGAGGAUGCGCUGACGGAUAGGGACGCCGUGCAUCGACAGACGGCAGCAGCCAUCGUCAAGCACAUUGCCCUGGGCACGGCCGGUCUAGGUCAAGAAGACAGCAUGCAACACUUGUUGAACCUCGUCUGGCCCAACAUCUUCGAGACGUCGCCGCACGUCAUUGGCAACGUCAUGGACGCCAUUGAGGCUAUGCGGGUCAGUCUGGGGCCUGGUGUCCUGCUCAAUCACACCCUUCAAGGCAUCGUCCAUCCCGCGCGAAAAGUUAGAGAGCCCUACAUCCGCGUCUACAACAGCUGCUACCUCGGCGCGCAGGACAGCUUGGUACCCUUUUACCCCAAUUUUCCGGCCGACGAACGCAACGACUGGGUCAGAAAUGAGCUCUACACGUUCUUGUGACACUUGCUUCGUUGUGGCACGCCGCUGCUUGUUCAGAGUCAUUCUCGUAUUACAAUGUCAAUGCCGAUGUGUUCCUCUGUCCCAAGUGCUUGAGCUGAAUGGAAAGGAGGCGAUGGAUGAUUGCGAAAUGUCUGACUUGUCUUACAGGAGACUAGAGACACUGGAUGCGGGGGGGGACGAGAGACAUAUCCGCAACUUUGGGAAAGGC